UGAGUUUUGGCGGGUGCCGGGCAGCGCGCGGCUGGUGAGAAUAUUUUUCCGUGAGGGGCUCUUGAAGAAAUCCUGGUGAAAUCAUGGAUGCUGAUGAUGACUUGGAUCUGUUGGCUUCCCUCUUGGAAGAAAAUGAGGCAACUGAGGAGAGAAAUUCUCCUGAGGAGGAAGAUGCCCCAGAGGAUGAGGGGGGAAAACCAGAUGAAUAUGAUGAGCUCUUCGAUGCAGAAGAUGAUGCAUCCUACACUGAGGAGGUUGAUGCUGAGGACGGCAUGAUUGAUGAGCAGAAGGAGAACCUGGCUACGCUGUUUGGAGAUGUGGAUGACCUGCUGGAAGAGGAGGACGAGGCAGAAGAAACUGUCCCCACUUCAACUCCCAGUCAGACAAAAGAGAAAACCAACCAAGAACUGCAAGCUGAGCUGAGAAAAUUGCAAGAACAGAUGAAGACAUUACAGGAGCAGUUGCAAAAGACUGCUAUUGGGCAGCAAUCCAGUUCAGGCCCUGAGAAGAAAAUCCCUGGUAAAUCUCCCUGUCCACCCUUAAAGGAAAGGAAAGUUCAGAAGCUGCAAGAGUCACCAUGUUUCUCGGCCCAGCUGGACAAUCAUUUACUGCCAGCCAAGCAAGGAAUGCAGAAAUCAAAAGCAUCAGCAGAGAACAAGACUCCUCCUCCACGGCAAGUCCUCAGUCUGGCAUUCCAGCCUCUCAAGUCUGCCGCAGGGAACACACCCAGUAAGGUGACCAGAGAGAAGACUCCUCACAUGUCUACGUGCUCCAGUGCAACAACUCCGUCAGUGUCUGUGGAAACCUUCUCGGGACUGAGAUUAAGAAAACCCCGGGUUUCAUCGGCUGAAAUGGACAGGAAAAUGGCUAACCGGAAGCUCAUCCGACUGUCCCAGCUGAAGAGCAAACUUGCUGCAGAAAAUCUGGAGGAAGUAGACUGGGUAACAUUUGGAGUCAUAGUGAAGAAGGUCACUCCUCAGAGCGCAAAUAACGGCAGAACCUUCAGUAUUUGGCGGCUGAACGACCUACGGGAUCUCAAUCAGUGUGUCUCACUCUUCUUGUUCGGUGAUGUCCACAAAGAGCACUGGAAGACGGACCAAGGCACAGUCAUCGGGCUGCUCAAUGCUAAUCCUAUGAAACCUAAAGAAGGCUCAGAUGAGGUGUGUUUGUCUGUUGACCAUCCCCAGAAGAUCCUCCUCAUGGGUGAAGCUCUGGACAUGGGCACCUGCAAAGCCAGGAAGAAGAACGGUGAUCCUUGUGCACAGAUUGUGAACCUGAAUGACUGUGAAUAUUGUCAGUAUCACAUACAAUCCCAGUACAAGAGGCUCAGCUCGAAGCGGGCAGAUCUGCAGUCCACGUUCUCUGGUGGCCGCAUUCCCAAAAAAGUUGGUCGGAAAAAUCCCAGUUUGAAGGAGAGGCUGUGUCAGGAUGGGUUUUACUAUGGUGGUGUCUCUUCAGCAGCAUAUGCAGCCUCAGUUGCAGCAGCUGCAGUGCCAAAAAGGAAGAUUCAAACCACUCUCUCCAAUCUGGUCGUGAGAGGAGUUGAUGCAAUUGUCCAGGAAACCAGGCAGAAAAUUGGUGCAGCAAAGAGACCCAUGCAGUGUUCUGAGGAAUUCAAGGAACUGCUGGCACAGCCAACCUUUGGAGCACGAAACCUCUGCAAACACUGGACCAAAGCAGAUGCUGAAAAGAAGCAAGGGGCCAAUUUCCAGUCUGUGUCUGCUUCAGCACUGCUCAAGCAACAGAAGCAGAAAUUGCUGGAGGCCAGAAAAAAGCGAUCUGAAGAGAUCCAGAGACGGUUUCUCCAGAACACAAGUAAAGCUGGCAGUCCUGCUCUCCCGUCCUCCUCCAGACAGUCCUCGCUCCGUUCCCUAGUGCCUGGGGCAGAGUUUCCCAAAGCUCCAAAAAUGUCAACUCCUCAAAGGCCCAGGCUAGGCACAGGCUUCUCGGAAGGAGAAGAUAUCCUCUUCUUUGAUGGAUCUCCACCUCCAACACCAAAGCUAGACAGCUUGGCAGAAGCCAAAAAGCUGGCUGCGAUACACCGACUACGAGCAAAAGGCCAGGUUCUUGCUAAAACUGACCCAAAUAGUACCAAGAGGAAAAGAGCUGAUGUUGAUGAUGUCCUAGAAAUUGUUGAAAGAGUUGAGAAAAAUGUUGCUCAGCCACAAGGUACAGAAGCAGACAAUGAUAUGGAUGAACUGGAGCCUGCCCAAAAGAAACGGCGUGAGCAGCUGGCCUAUCUGGAGUCAGAAGAGUUCCAGAAAAUCCUGAAUGCCAAGUCCAAGCACACAGAUGUCCUGAAAGAGGCUGAGGCUGAACUGCAGGAGCAAUACUUUCAGCCCCUGGUGAAAAAGGAAGAAAUGGAAGAGAAGAUGAGGAGCAUUAAAGAAGUGAAAUGUCGAGUUGUGACGUGUAAAACGUGUAAUUACACCUAUUUCAAGCCUCUGGAGACGUGUGUGCAGGACAACCAUGACUACCACUGGCAUGAUGCCAUCAAGCGAUUUUUCAAAUGUCCUUGUGGCAACCGAGCUAUUACCCUUGACAGGCUCCCUAAAAAACCCUGCAGUACCUGUGGCCUCUUCAAGUGGGAGCGAGACGGGAUGCUAAAGGUAAAAAAAAGGUCCGAAGAUUGGUGGAGAAACACUUUUACCAAGAGGGGAGGAACAACCAAAAUUUCUCAAUAGUCUUAAGUGACCUGGAGUUGAUAUUUUUCACAACAUAAGGAUGGAUUUCUAUGUCUAAAAGACACAUUUCUUUACUGGGAUGCCAAGAGGAUUCUGGUUUUAGGGAUGAACGAGCAGGGGAGUCAACUCCUGAUGAGAAGGACGUCUGCAAAGUCUCCACUAGGCCACUGCAUGGAUAUUCAGCUUUGAUCUCUUCAAAAUUGACUGAAUAAGGCUGCAUGUGAAAUGCACAUUCAUGCCUGUUCUUUCUUACUAAUAACUUGUUUACAAGAUUUAACCUAGAAAAGAAAGAGCUAGAGAGGAAAUAGCUAGAUUUGUACCAAAUCCCUUAGGGAUCCCACAAUUUAUCUGAAAUGGCUGGUGUAGAGUGACUUCACCAGAAUUUUAAGUGACAAAUCAUCAUGAACUGGGAUGGACUGUAGACUCCAUAAGCACUUGUGAAGUUAAUACUGUGAUGCGUGAAUGCCGGCCUGUUGAGAUUUUUCAGCUGUUGGCCAAAAAGGGAUGUGAGAGGCUGAACCUUUAAGGACAGAUGUCAAACAGUUCCUGAGUUGUCUCCUUGGCUUAUGUGUUAAAAAACCCUCCAGUGGCUUUGGCAUUGCAAACCAGCGGUGUUGACACAGCAGAUUAUCGGCAGCUCUUUGGGAAGCCCUUUCCCUAUCACACAGCCCGUACUGGUUCCCAGCACCAUCCACACUACAGCACCUUCUACGGCUCUGAACCUGCAGCUCCCACUUUGAAAGGAUUUUAAUGAAUCUGGCACCAGUUUGUGAGUGGUUUUAAAGAGCUGUCAUUACGUUUAAUAGAUUUUUACCCUUUUUCGGGCAUUUUAAAUUUUCCUGACAUCUUUUCCAGUCAUUACCAUGUCACCUUGGCUGCUGUCACAGCUGCAUGGGGACAGUGGCUGUCCCUGACCAAGCAGGACAAGGUGUCCAAGGGGUGGCUCCUGAGAAGGGCUGUCUUCAUACAGGCAUUUUCCUGAAAGCACAGCUCUAUAGGGCUGCCUGCAGUGUUUGGCCAGCUUUUCCUGGACCUGACCCUUCUGCUGCCCAUGGCUCAUGCCCAGUGGGAUGGAUCACAGGGUAUUUUUAAGUGCCUAAACCCACUGGUGUCUCAGUGAUUUGGUGAAACUUCCACCAACAGUCUCACAUGUCCCAGUGGCCUUGUUGGAACCUCUUGUUUGCUUGCACAGGGGCUGGAAGAGAAAUCAGUUACUUCAUUUGAAGCAACUUGACACAUUUACCUCAGUAUUCUGCAGCCCUCAUCUCCUACUGGUGCUUUUGCCGGGCAGCUUGGCUUGGCACGUUACAUUCAUUUCAGUUUCGUGUUAAUACCAUUUGAUGAGUGGGGUGUCACUAAACAUGUAACUGUGACAUUGCUUGGCAAUGUCUCCUGUGGAUUCCUCAUUCAGAAUAAAUACAGUGCACAAUAAAACACUCCCUGGGUUUGUAUGGUAUCGUUUCUCUGAGGAAGAGGAUGAGUUACUUGUUGAACAUCUUCAUUUGCCCAAGAGCUCGGUGCUGAAUCACCACAAGUAAUUGGUGCGUGGUCCGUAACUCCGGCUGCCAAGCAGUUUUCUUGUUCAGACCAACAGGAGUUUGUCACCUAGAGUCCACAA